CUACUAUCACGGCACCUUCUUUGUCGCGGCAAUGCUAGGAGUAGCGCUUCUUGGCGGGACUUUGGAGCACUCAACUCCACAAAGCUGAAGAAUGCUAAUCACAGAGCACAACUGUGAAACAUUUCUUCUGCUUCAAGACUUCUUGCCAAAUCCUCACACUGGGGUCUUCAAAGAAAACUGUUUUCACCCCUUUUUAUCCUCACCCCCCAAAGGCCAUCUUCCGUUGUGCCUUCUUGUCUCUCGCUAUCCCUCUAUCCUUAGACCCAAAAGCUGCGAAACCCGAAACAACUUUUUGUUCGAAAACCCGAAACAACUUUUGUUCGACCAGGCAACGCGUCCUGCUCGGGAGGCUACACAGAUAUCUCUGGAUCCAUCCAUUUCGCAAUAAUUUGAUGGUUUAAACGCAAUACACGCGUCGCCUCCAUCAAUAUCACACAAAUGGACGGUCGUUACAAUCCAGGGGCAUCUCUUCGUGAGGUGGAUCCUUCGAAUCCUGGAUAUAACCAACCUAGGCCAGACACUCGCGAUGAAUCCGAACUGGGCCUGCUAUCCCCAAGCGGUGGGCAUGCAUACCAGUCCCCAUUUGAUGGCAACAAUCAAUCGAACCUGGAAAUUCAGAGGCCUGUCUCGACAGCAUACAGCUUGACAGAGUCGUACGCGGUGCCUGGGCAGCAGAACCCACACCACGCAACAGAGUAUUCGAGCAGCUCAUCCUUCCAGCAAGGAAUCGAACUCGAGGACAUUCCUUUCGGAGGCACAAACCGAGCCCCGUCGCCAUCGCGAACGAUCGACUCGGAAGAUGCCUGGAGAAAGCGUCAGGCUCCUGGCGGCGGACUCAAGCGCUACCCUACAAGAAAGGUGAAGCUUAUUCAGGGCUCGGUCCUCAGUAUCGACUACCCAGUCCCGAGUGCCAUCAAGAACUCGAUAGAGAAGAAAUACACCGCCGAUGUCGAAGCUGGGAAUGAAGAAUUCACCCACAUGCGAUACACUGCGGCUACCUGCGACCCCAACGACUUCACAAUGAGGAACGGCUACAAUUUGAGGCCCGCGAUGUACAAUAGGCACACCGAGCUCCUGAUUGCAAUUACAUACUAUAACGAAGAUAAGGCGCUGCUUUCGCGCACGCUGCACGGUGUCAUGCAGAACAUCAACGACAUUGUCCGUCUCAAGAAGACUGAGUUCUGGAACAAGGGAGGACAGGCAUGGCAAAAGAUUGUCGUCUGCUUGGUCUUCGAUGGUUUUGAUGCUUGCGACAAGGACGUUCUUGACGUUCUGGCCACGGUCGGUGUCUUCCAAGAAGGUGUCAUGAAGAAGGAUAUCGACGGUAAGGAGACAGUUGCCCAUAUCUUCGAGUACACGACACAGAUCUCGGUGACUGCCAACCAGCAGCUUGUGCGCCCUCAAGAGGGUGCGGCAAACAACCUGCCACCCGUGCAGAUGAUGUUCUGCUUGAAGCAGAAGAACAGCAAGAAGAUCAACUCCCAUCGUUGGUUGUUCAACGCUUUCGGGCGUAUUCUGAACCCAGAGGUCUGUAUUCUGCUGGAUGCCGGUACUAAGCCUGGUCCCAAAUCGCUCUUGUCGCUGUGGGAAGGUUUCUUCAACGACAAAGAUCUCGGAGGAGCUUGUGGUGAAAUCCACGCCAUGUUGGGCAAGGGUGGGCGCAACCUGAUCAACCCUCUGGUUGCAGCCCAGAACUUCGAGUACAAGAUCAGUAACAUUCUCGACAAGCCGCUUGAGAGUUCUUUCGGAUAUGUCAGUGUGUUGCCGGGUGCUUUCUCAGCAUACCGUUACCGUGCUAUCAUUGGCCGCCCGCUCGAGCAGUACUUCCAUGGUGAUCACACGCUUUCUGCGAUUCUUGGAAAGAAGGGUAUCGAGGGCAUGAAUAUUUUCAAGAAGAACAUGUUCUUGGCUGAGGAUCGUAUUCUUUGCUUCGAGUUGGUUGCCAAGGCUGGCUCGAAGUGGCAUUUGACAUACAUCAAGGCGGCAAAGGGAGAAACGGAUGUUCCUGAGGGCGCCCCUGAAUUCAUUGGCCAGCGUAGAAGAUGGCUCAACGGUUCAUUUGCUGCCAGUGUCUACUCCGUUAUGCACUUUGGUAGAAUGUACAAGAGUGGACACAACUUCGUCCGCAUGUUCUUCUUCCAUAUCCAACUUCUUUACAACAUCUUCACGGUUAUCCUCACUUGGUUCUCGCUCGCAUCUUACUGGCUUACAACGACUGUCAUUAUGGAUCUUGUUGGUCUUCCAGAGCCAGCUUCGGGUACCGGAGCAGAGCAUCACGGAUGGCCUUUCGGAGACACAGCGACGCCAAUUAUCAACACGAUUCUGAAGUACCUAUACCUCGGAUGUCUGGUCAUGCAAUUCGUGUUGGCCCUCGGAAAUAGGCCAAAGGGAUCCCGCUACACUUACAUCACAUCGUUCAUGAUCUUCUCAUUCAUUCAGUUGUAUGUCAUUAUUUUGUCUAUGUUCUUGGUUGUACGCGCGUUUGUCGGACCAAACGUGGACAAAACAGCGAUCUUCACCACCAAUAUCUUCUCGUCAAACAGCUCCGCUAUCAUUCUCAUCGCGCUGGCGGCCACCUUCGGUUUAUACUUUGUCGCCUCGUUCCUCUACCUGGACCCAUGGCACAUGUUCCACUCCUUCCCUCAAUACCUGCUUGUUGCAUCUUCGUACAUCAACAUCCUCAACGUCUACUCCUACAGCAACUGGCACGAUGUGUCUUGGGGAACCAAGGGAUCGGACAAGGUCGAUGCUUUGCCAUCUGCACAGACAACCAAGGUUGAGGGCAAGGCUGCUGUCAUCGAAGAAGUCGACAAGCCACAAGAGGAUAUUGAUAGCCAGUUUGAGGCAACAGUCAAGCGCGCUCUCAAGGAAUACAAGGCACCCAAGGAGGAUGAGUCCAAGUCUUUGGAGGAUUCGUACAAGUCUUUCAGAACGACCCUGGUGGCUUUCUGGAUUUUCUCCAACGCCAUUCUUGCGGUGGUCAUUACUAGCGACAACUUCGAUUCGUUCGGAUUCGGGAACAAAGCAUCUGCUCGCACAGCCAAGUUCUUCCAGGCCCUGCUCAUCGCUACUGUCUGUCUGUCUCUCGUUCGCUUUAUUGGAUGCCUGUGGUUCCUGGGUAAGUCCGGAAUCAAGCGCUGCUUCAGGAGACGUUGAAAAGGGCGUAUUGCGCUCGCAAGUAUGUCUCGUCAACAUAUAAUGACCGGCGUUUUUUGUUUGGGUAUGUUGCUACAUGUAUUAAAAAGAUCACGUUUUUUUUUAUGUGAGACAUUUGAGAUCUGUACAAGUUUCGGCAUGGCUGUUCCCUUGCUUCCCUCACUUUGACCACUGCGCAUGUGCAAUUUUACCAGGCAAUAUUCAGCAUCGUGAUUCACAUUAACCUCCGAGUACAAGCAACUCAAUCGCUCGAUUGAUUGUCUGAACGAUUAUGUGGAUACAGCAACCUGAACCCACGACCGUAAAAAGGCCAGACCUCUGCCAAGAAAGACCAAUACACGUAGAGUCGGUAGAGUGUCAGUCGAGCGGAUCUGUGGAGAUGCAGUGGAGAGUCUGCUUCUGAAACGUGGGUGAUAGCGAACGGCCGCGGUACAGUAUCACCUUUACAGUGGGGAUGAUCGGAGAGGCCAUGUUUCAGCACGCCAGGGAACCUUUCCGAACGCCACCUUUCUGCGCCUGGUUGUGCAUAUAUAUCAUGCUUGAGUUGGUGGGAUUUGGGAUUUGCGAUGGGAGAGGUUGGGUAUAGCGGGGAGGAGAAGACGGAGAAGACCGUCUGUUGUGUUUGUGCGAGGGAUGAUCCCUCGCCCGUGACAGCCAUGUGUCUCCUCUUCAUAUGAUUGCCAAUGGUAUAAGCGUCCGUACAGCGCACUCGUAUAGAUUAGAUCUAAUAUUACACAAAGUACAUGUAUGUACUUUGGCCUUACGACGCGAAUCAAACGCCGCCAUCCAGGAACACCAAGGGCUCACUGGGGGUCCACGGCUAAUCCUGUAUGUCCUAGCUGAUUUCGGCCUAAUGCGUUAUCAACCACCCCCCCCCUUGUCAUUUCGGAUCAUUCAGCCAUGGCUUCCAUGCCGCCCACACCCACGACGUCCCC